UGUCUCUGCCUCAUUGCAAAUUUUGCUUGGACACUGUAGUCCAAGUCUCCAGUGUUUUAUCAUUUGGCAGUGGUGUAUUGUGUACAGUAAGGAUCAAAAGCCAGAUGAUGAAGGCUGUGGCGGUCCUGGGUGCACUGCUGGCCGUUGUGUGUCAGGUCAGCAGCAGCAGUCAGGUAACACGGAGCGAUCUGAACCCAGCUGUGCUGUACCCAUGGAGACACAGGAGUGCAGGUCCACAGGUCAGGGUCAAGAGAGACUGGAUCAUUCCACCAAUCCGAGUAUCAGAAAACAGCAAGCAGGUCCCUGAAGAUCUGGUCCAGAUCAAAUCAGACAAGAUUUUCACCGGGGAGGUGAUAUACAUGCUGGAGGGACCCGGGGUUGACCAGGACCCCAAAGGCCUCUUUGAAAUUGAUGAAACAACAGGAUGGAUCAAGAGCAAAAUGCCACUAGACAGGGAAAAACACAAGAGUUUUAAGCUCAAAGCUUUUGCACUCUCCCCAAGUGGAGAGAGACUGGAAAGUCCCACCACCAUUGAAAUCUACGUUUUAGAUCAGAAUGACCACAGGCCUGAAUUUACCCAGAAGGAGUUUGUCGGCACUAUCCCAGAAUUCUCUGUUCCAGGGACUUCAGUGAUGCAGGUUACAGCGAUAGAUUCUGAUGAUCCAAUGACAGAAAACGCAGCUCUGAGCUACUCCAUCAUUGGGCAAGAGAGUAUCCCUCCUCACGGCAUCAACAAGACCAUGUUUGGUAUUAACAACAAAACUGGAGCAAUCUACACUCGAGAUGUGGGAUUAGACAGAGAUGUGGUGCAGUCCUUCAGGCUGACUCUGCAGGUGGCUGACAUGUCUGGAAUGGGCCUAACCUCCACCGGUCGUGCUAUCAUUCACAUCUCUGACAUUAACAACCAUGCUCCGAAAUUCCAUCCUACCAUGUACAACAUGUUUGCAAUGGAGAACAAGUACAUCGCAGAGUUGGGCAGGGUCAAUGCGACAGAUAAGGACCAGAAAGGUGGAGAUAACUGGAAGAUUAAGUACAAGAUUGUAAAUCCUUCAGGGCACUUUGACAUCCGCACAGACCCAGUUUCCAACCAAGGCAUCAUUUCUGUGGUUAAGCCGCUAGACUAUGAAUCCCAGGCAGAGUAUCAGCUCAUUGUCAAAGCAGAGAAUGAAGUCAGGCUUAAAGCCCCAUACGAACAAAUACACAGUGCUACAGUCACCGUCAGAGUGAUGAAUGAGAACGAGGCCCCAAUCUUUUAUAAAAACCCCAUUAAAGUGACUGUUGCAGAGUCCAUUGUUCCCGGUACUGUCCUGGUCUCAGAUAUUGCUUAUGAUCCAGAUAAUGCCAAGCUAAGGUUUGAAAUCAUUCAGGAUCCUGAGAGUUGGCUUGCAAUCAACCAUGCAACUGGACAAAUCACAGCCAGGAGAUCCUUCAACAUCCGGUCUCCCCACGUCAGAAACAACAUUUACUCUGCUAUUGUGAAAGUCAUAGAUCAGGACGCUGAUGGCAUCUCUGCAACAGCUACACUGGAGGUAUAUCUGUGGGAGACCAAUGAUUAUCCACCAGUGCUUAUACCCUUGAGUGGGACAGUGUGCAGUGAUCGGGACAGAGAUAAACUGGGCCUUCUGCUUAGUGCUGUGGAUGAAGACAUGUCCCCUCAAGCUGACCCCUUCACUUUUCACAUUGCUGAUCAAAAUGUGGCUGCCAACUGGACCAUCAUAACUCUUAAUGAGACCCAUGCGGUUCUCCAGCCACUGAUAGACAUAGAGAAAGGGCAAUUCUCUAUUCCUGUGGUCGUAUCGGACUCUGGCUCCCCUUCCCUUUCCUCUAAUGCUCUGGUCAACGUGACUGUGUGUCCCUGUGAUAGUUUCGGUGACUGCAAGAGCUACACCGCAGCCAUCUUUGGAACCAAAAUGGGAAUAAGCUUCAUUGCCCUUAUGAUUAUUAUGGGAUGCAUUGCUCUUCUUUUGUUUCUGAUUGUUCUUGCUGUGGCGGUGAAGGGCUGCACAAGGCAGAACAUUAGAAAAGGAGGAGGUCUGCUGGUCGGAGCGUCUGAUGAUGACAUCCGAGACAAUGUCUUUCACUAUGAUGAGCAGGGAGGAGGAGAAGAGGAUGAGGAUGCAUUUAAUAUUGAUUUUCUGAGGAACCCAACUGAUAGUGUCCCUGCCCCAGCCUCAUUUUUCCCACAAGACUGCGGCCUGCCCAGAGGAAAACAACCUCUAAGGAAAGACGCACCCCAUAACCUACCUUCUCCUACAUAUCCACGCAAACCCCCUGGAGACCCAACCGAUAUAGAAAAUUUCAUCAAUGUUGGGCUGGAUGCUGCUGACAAUGACCCUAACGUUCCACCAUACGAUACAGCUCUGAUCUAUGACUAUGAGGGCGAUGGGUCGGUAGCAGGCAGCCUUAGCUCUAUCGCUUCCAUGGGCUCAGACGGUGACCAGGACUAUGACUACCUCAAUGACUGGGGACCACGGUUUAAAAAACUGGCUAACAUGUACGACCCACGUUAGGCACCAGACUGAUUCUUUUGUUCAAUAUGUUCGGAUACUCUCAUUCAUGCAUAUCCUUCAAAACUCCAUGCAAAUCAAAUGUCCCAUCUUCAAUAUGAGAGAGUGCUCAUGAUGUAAUGAUGAGGGGCGGAUUACAUUAUUGAUAUUGUAGAUAAAUGGAGGGCUCUAUCUAUUCCCCAGUGAUCAGUGUAAAGGUCAUCAAUGUCAAAAAGAGACUGCGCGCACCGUCUUUUUCCUUUCCUUCAUGGAAUCAGUGAACUAUUUCAACAUGCUGAUGUGACAGGUGCUUACUGUGGGCCAGUGUGCAAAUGGCUCACAUUGUGAAAGCACCAACUGGAGGGAGGGACCGUGUGUUAGUGCAUACUGAUUAGACAUGGUGCAAAAAGAGAUGCCUUGUUCAUAAACCAUGCGUCAUUUUCUUGAGGGAUUAUUUUAGCUGAUGACCAAUACAGAGGUUUGCUGAGCAUGUUGGGUACACAGGAAGAAUAAUUCACCCAAAAAAUAAAUUUAUAUUCAUAAAUUGACAUUUACUUAUAACCAUCAUUCUAAACCCACAAGACUUUCUUUCAUCUAUCGAAAACAGAGGGAUAUUUUAUAUGUUGGUAAAUAUCAGAGCUGCUCUUUUCUAUAUAUAUAUAUAUAUAAAUAAAAGAUACUGUCAAAUAUGGUGCAUCAAGUUGCACAGUGGCAAGUUUGAAUAGUAGUAACACCAAAGGACACUGGAUGAGAGUGAAAGCACCAAUGAGAGAUUUUCAAUCGUAUGUGAAUAAAAAAACAAACAAACAUGUUUGAGUCAGUAUAGGUCAUUUGAAUGAUAAUGUAUGGUAGUCAAUGGAUCUACAGAGAAAGUGGAAAAAAUUAAUUUGUUACUCAAUGGUAUGUAAAUAUCCCUCAUGUUUUCCACCCAUGGAAACCUUUAGCUGUAUAGAAAACAGCAGCUCCAAAAUUAUAUAUUCUUAUGUAUUUCAAUGAAAGAAAGUCAUAUUCCUGUAAAAAAUAAAAUAAAAUAAAUAAUAUGCAUUAAUAUCUAUUUUUAAGACAGAUUGACUGAUAAAAUGAUUUUUUUUUUUUUUUUAAUCUUUUGAUCAAUUGUUCUUAUUCUUUUUAUACAUCAUUAGUAUCUUGUGUAAUAUUUGUGUUUGUAAUACUAUUUUUGCUUGCCUGCAGUUAACCUCAGUAAGUAAAACAAAGACAUUUAUAAAGCCUUAAUAUUAGGAAUAAUUAUUUUCAUAUGCAGCAUAUUAACAGAUUGCCAAAUGAAUGAUGCCUUAAAUGUAUAUAUUUUUGCUUUCCCCUCAAGAACACAAGUUUUUC